CGUGGAACGCCGGUCCUACGCGGCAAGUAACAACCGUGCUGCUGGGUCAUGACCGAUGGGCGUGCCAUGUCUUCGCUCGACCAGAUGGGCUUUUGGGCGAACUACGUCAAAGCCAAUGUCGAUGGCCUACUGGAGAGCUAUGGCAUCACAUCGCUGGUGCAACUGCAGGUGGCAAUGGCCUUUGGCACUGUCGUGCUGGUCGCCUUCGACCACUGGCGUUUGAAGCGACGCACCGAGAAGCAGCUCAGAGCGGCUGGGCUCUGGCCUGAGGAGGAGACUAAAACUCCAAAGAAGGCCACAGCAGCAGGCGAAGAGAACAUGAUGUCCUCGGGAGUGCUGAGGGCACGGGAGAAGCAGCCUGCACCAGAGAAGGUGGUGCAACCUGCAGAGCAGAAGGCCAUCCAGGAGAUGGCGAGGCAGUUGCUACAGCAAAUGGAUCAACAGGAGGCGCUUCCGAUAUCCGCUCGCCCUAGAAAUUUCGUGGAGAUCAAAAGACCCAAGCCGAGCUGCCCAAGAAACGCGUCAUUGUAGUUGUGCGCACUGCAAACUUGCCACUAUCAUUCAAGGAUGCGAGACUCUGUGAGACCACCCCUUUCCUUCGCUAGACUCGAGGAACUGAACUGGCGUGCAGAAACUAGGAGCCAUUCCUCAUCACCCCCAAACAGGAUAUUGUUGAUUCUGUGUUUUUGGAGGGUUGUGAGGCAAGCUGGGAGAGCUCCAAUGCAGAGGAGGAAGAUGAAGAAGAAGAGGAGGAAGAAGAGGAAGAGGAGGAAGAGGAGGAAGAGGAGGAAGAGGAGGAAGACGAGGAAGAGGAUCGGGCGGAGGAAAUUGAUGAUGAGAGAACAAAGGGAUGAUCCCCUGGAAGAGACUGCCACUGUCAAAGCAGUCUUGAGGGAGCCAAGUCCAAAAUGUGUGAUGGAUAGUUUGUAGGGGCAAACGGAAGACAAGGAACAAAGCACGUGCCGGAAGUGGCUGGUGAAGCGGCUGGUGAAGCAUUUGCGCUGCAAUUGUUUUUGGACAGCUCCUUGUACAUAUACUGAAGCAACCAAUUUUGGAGGGUUGAUCAUAAUUAAUCGAAUUCCAUUUAUUAAAUAUAUUACCAACAACGACACCCUCCAAAUUCAUCAUUGUAAAAAAUGCAUUCGAC